AUGCUUUCUUCAAUUGCAGGAGUUUUGGUCGGUCUAUCCGUGAAGUCCUCCAUUAUGAAUGGACAGCAGUUGGGGGACAAGUCAAGGUCUUCACAUUGUCCUUGGGUCUUUCAAGGUCCAGCAAGUAAAUACACGGUUGCUGGACCGGCUUGGGUUUUUGCAAUGCCUGGUUCCAAACCUCCUCUUCCUUGCACUUGCAUUGCCCGGAAACUUUUCAACUGCAUACGUAGCUUAGUCAAUUGUAGGGAAGAUGAAACAUUAUACGGUUUUAUCAAGACUUAUGGAAACAACGCUAGCAUCAGCGUACUUGGUUCUAGAAUUUAUGGACUUGAGAGAGGACUAGGUACUAAGUGGGUUAAAAGACUUGUAGCUACAAGAGCAGAAGGAAGUAAACAAAACACUUGGAACACUAAAUCAAAAAGUACCAAGCAUGAAAUUUCUAGGGAGAAGAUUUUAACAAGUGCUACUAUGAAUGUAAAUGAAACACAGCUAGAUCAGUUCCCGAAAACUCAGUGGCCUGAAGUACGAGAAAUUGCUCAGUAUAAAAACUUAUCUGACCUACUCACUGUUAUUGUUUUUGAUCUUGAGACUACUGGGUAUAGCAGAGUGAAUGAUCGCGUCAUUGAGAUUGCAGUUCGAGAUCUCCAAGGUGGUGAGGAUAGCACUUUCCAAACUCUUGUAAAUCCUCAAUGCCAUGUUCCUAAUUCACGUAUUCAUGGAAUUGCUACCGAUAUGGUGAACAGACCUGAUGUGCCAAGAAUGGAAGACCUGGUACCCAUCUUGUUACAGUACAUUAAAAGGCGUGAGAAACAUGGAGGAUAUGUAUUAUGGGUUGCACAUAAUGCUCGGACUUUUGAUGCACCUUUCCUCAUUCACGAGUUCAUUCGUUGUUCCAUGGAGAUUCCUCAAAAUUGGCUGUUUUUGGACACCCUUCCUCUGGCACGUGAGCUGAUCAAGUCUGGAAAGAAUCUUUCUUCGGCAUCACUUGUUGCCCUUAGUGAGUUUUACGGAGUUGAAGUGGAUGGAUCAACUCACAGAGCCAUGGUAGAUGUGAACACAUUGUCCCAGAUACUCCCCAUGUUGGCCUCUGAUCUGAAGUUGACUUUAUCCAGCCUUGUAAAAAAAUCUUUCAACUUAUCAGAUUUGAUGAAGGCUACGAAAAGGAAGGGUGGAAUAAUGUAG